GGUAAAAUCUGAAUGUACACACUCGCGCUGUUGAGUGAAAAGGCUAGAAAGCCAUUGUUUUCCAAGAACGAUUGCGUUAUUGACAUUCAUUGACUUAAUGAUGAGAUGAGAUAAUAAUACUGCUCGGAAUUAUAUUUAUAAAAAUUGUUCUUUGCCUUAAAUAAGCAAAAAUGGCGGAGAAGAAGUUCACUUCAAUAGAAACUCUAGCACUAUACACGUGCCAUAUUAUUGGGUGGUUUUGGAAUGUGUUUACGUUUUAUCCAUGGUUUUAUUUAAGUGGAAAUUUUAAAAAACCUCGAUUUGGGAAAAUUCAAGCAAAGUCUGUAUCCUCUUCGCCUGCUGGUCCUUAUCGUAAUUUAAAUCAUUUCGAUAAAUUAAUAUCCGGAUUUGGUAAAGUGAAAACAUUAGAUGUUUUGUUUCGCCAUUCUGUUGAACAACAUGGUGAUAGAGGCUGCAUGGGAACUAGAGAGUUGUUAUCAGAAGAAGAUGAAGUUCAGCCAAAUGGACGUAUUUUUAAGAAAGUUAUUUUGGGUGAGUACAAGUGGUUGUCUUACAAUGAAGCGUAUGAUCAUGUCCGUCGAAUAAGUAGUGGAAUCAAAGCUCUGGGUGUUGAAACAGGAGAAUUUGUUGUAAUAUUUGCUGAAACAAAAGCAGAAUGGAUGUUAAGUGCACAAGCAUGUUUUAUGAGAAACUUUCCUGUUGUUACAAUAUAUGCAACACUUGGCGAUGAAGCUCUUGUCCAUGGCUUUAAUGAAGCAGAAUCUAAAUUUAUUAUGACUGAUGCAGCUUUACUACCAAAGCUAAAAAAAUUGUCAUCGCAACUGCAUUUUAUUAAAACAAUAGUUUUCUUUGGAGAUGCAAAGAAGUCACUUAUAAAUGAAUUUCCUGACCAUAUAAAAGUUUACUCCUUACAACAAGUCAUUGAUUUAGGAUCUAAGCUAAAGAACAUUGAAGUACCUGUAGAAAGCCCAAAACCUGAUGAUAUUGCUGUUGUAAUGUACACAAGUGGGUCUACUGGUGUGCCAAAAGGUGUGAUCAUUUCACAUUUAAAUAUAACCAGUGCUCUAUGUGGGAUGAUAAUUGGCGUUCCUCUAGGGCCAUCACAAAGAUACAUCGCAUAUUUGCCACUCGCACACAUAAUGGAACUCAUUUGUGAGUGUGCUUGUUUAAGUUUUGCAACACCAAUUGGAUAUUCUAGUGCUUUAACCUUAUCUGAUCAGUCGUCAAAGAUUAAAAAAGGAUCAAAAGGUGAUGCAUCGAUUUUAAAACCAACAUUAAUGUGUGCUGUGCCUAUGAUCAUGGACAGAAUGAGAAAGGCUGUUAUUGACAAAGUCAACAGUGGACCAAGAUCUGCUCAGUUGUUUUUUAAGUUUGCGUAUGAUUACAAGUUAAAACAAAUACAGCAAGGAUAUGAUACACCUUUGCUAAAUCGUGUGCUGUUCAACAAAGUUCGUGGUAUAUUAGGUGGUUGUCUAAGUUUUAUGUUGAGUGGUGGUGCUCCGUUGUCUAAAGAAACAGAAGAGUUUAUGAAUGUGUGUUUUUGUUGCCCCGUUGGACAGGGAUAUGGGUUAACAGAAACAUGUGCUGGUGGCACCCUAUGUGAAGCUUGGGAUCAAUCCACAGGAAGAGUUGGUCGACCAGUAGGUAGUGCCGAAAUUAAACUUGAAAGCUGGGAAGAAGGUAGCUACACAGUCAAUGAUAAACCAAACCCGCGAGGAGAAAUUAUAAUUGGUGGAGCAAAUGUUUCCUUGGGAUAUUGGAAGCAAGAAGAAAAGACAGCGGAAUCUUUUAAAGUGGACGACAAUGGACAGCGGUGGUUUUAUACUGGAGACAUUGGAGAGGUGGAGUCAGAUGGUGUUCUCAAAAUCAUCGACAGAAAAAAAGAUUUGAUCAAACUCGCCCAUGGCGAGUACGUGUCACUCGGAAAAGUUGAAGCUACUUUGAAACACUCGAAAUAUGUAGAGAACUGUUGCGCUUACGGUGAUAGUCAAGAGAGCUACAUGGUAGUGUUGGUCGUACCAGUGGCAGCUCAACUGCAUGCGCUGGCUAACUCGCUUAGUGUCGAUGGAAGUUUAGAAGAAUUGUGUAGCAAUAAGAAAGUGGUUGAAGCUGUUUUGAAAGAUGUUACAGCUGUCAGUAAAGAAGGCAAAUUGAACAAAUCUGAAACGCCAUCAAAAUUAAAGUUGUGCGUAGAGCAAUGGACACCCGAAAGCGAACUUGUAACUGCUGCCUUCAAAUUGAAACGAAAAAAUAUUCAAAACUUUUACGAGAAAGAUUUAGAAAUGCUUUACUUGAACUGAUUUUACUUUACAUUUCUUGUUUUUUUUUAUAUAUAUUUCAAAGUGUGUAAGAUUUAUAGAGUGUAAAAUAGUUUUUAUUGCAAUACCAAGCAACGUUUUCAUGAUAUGAUUUGGAAUGAAAGUUUGUAUAGAGAAGGCUUGGCUUGUGUCGGAAUAUUUCAUUCUUUCCGUUAUAACAUCACUGUUGUUACUGCAGCCAGAUUAUUGACAUUAAUAGCAACCCUAAAGCUAAAUUCACACUGAAAACGCAUAUUCUUGUGACGCAGACGCAGGAAAAACGCACCGCGCUGUAAAACAUGCGAGUGUGGAUUUAGCUUAAAACUCUCAACGGUGUUUAAAGUAGACCUUAGAAGAAUAUGUGUUUCUUUAAAUUGAUAAUUUAUAGUAUUAGAUUGUUAUUAUAUAUUUUUAUUGUUGUAUAUCCACGUCUUUAUUUUAAAAUACAGCUUUACAACCUUA